UGCAUGGAGGGAAAACACUGGUCCACGAUUGGUCUGACCCCUGCGAAACCGUUUGUUGCUUCUGCUCGUAUCGUUCGGGUGCCGCAAAGCGUUCGCCAUUUGGUAACGAGUUUCACGGGUGUCAACUGGUGUCAGCCUUCCCAUUCUACUUUACCUGUUGCUACCAGCUCACAAACAAACAAACAACAUAAACAUAAAGAUGGCGACCGAAGCAAUGGUGAACAAAAGCCCGAUGGAGUUGCUCGCGAUGGGCAAGAAAGCGUUCUGGGCGCACGAGUAUUCCGAUGCCGCCGCCUAUUUGAGCAGGUCGAGUGAGAUGCUCAUGGAUGAGUACAAGGACGACAAGCACAACAGUCUGGGCGACGUGUAUCUAUAUUACGGCAAGGCCCUGCUGGAGCUGGUGCGCGAAGACGGGGAUCCUCUUGGCGAUGCCGUACCGAAGGAGAUCGAGCUAGAAGACGAGACGGCCGAAGAGGAGGACGUUGGGGAACAGGAUAAUGAUGAGGGCGGCACGGCUGAUCGAGCGAACGAAAGCGUGGAUUCCGUCGGCGCCGGUGGCGAGGAGGACGGUGGCAACGACGACCAGGACGAUGCCAAGAACAAAUCCGAGUUGGCCAAUAUAUCCAUCAACGGUGAGCCGGCCACCAGCCGCGCGAUGGAGGACGAGGAGGACGGGGAGACGCCUGCCGAAGACGCUGCCGCACCUAAAGAGGAGGAACCCACCGAUCUUCAGUUGGCGUGGGAAGUGCUCGAGAUGGCCAAGAUCAUCUUGGAGAGGCGCGGCGAGGAAGGUCGUCUUGACUACGCCGAGUGUCUGGUCGCGUUGGGCGAGGUAUCGAUGGAAGGCGAAAACUUUGAGAGCGCCAUCGCGGACAUCACCGCCGCUCUUGAGAUCCAGCAGGAGAGGUACACAGAAUCCAAGGAUAAGCGCCACCUUGCCGAGACCUACUACAAACUGGGCAUGGCCCUGUCCGCCAACAACAAUAUCCAAGAGUCGAUCAACAACUACCGCAAGACCGUAGAGCUGUUGAAGAAUCGGAUGGCCGUGCUCGAGGCUAUCGAAAUUCCCGGCACCUCUGACGCAAACGAGAUCAAGGACAUCACGAACUUGCUACCCGACCUGGACGAGAAGAUCACGGAUCUUUGCAACUACCAAACGGAGGCGGCGGCCACAAUAAAGCCGGAAGAGGAAGCGCCGACGGUGAGUUCCCCCGUAAAGAUGGUCAAUAAUAUAACGCACCUGGUGAGGCGUAAGAGGAAGCUGGAGGACGUCGCCGUGGAGGCUGCCGAGAUUGCGGCGAAGAAGGCGGCCGCAGGUGAAGCAGCAGUAGCAGCAGCAGCAGCAACAACGGCGGUAGCAGCAGCCGCCGCCUCCUCCUGCUCCUCCUCAUCUUCGUCCUCCGGCUCGGCCUCAUCCACGAACACCUCCACCGAAUCCUCCGCCUCCCCCGACGCCUCAUCCACGUCAUCCUCAUCAAACGCAAGCAAUUGAUGAAAGCCCAACAUACAAGAAAACCCUCUUUCUUUUUUUUAUUUAUACUUUUACAACGCAUUGUAUAUGAAAAA